AUGGUGCAGCAAAAACAUACCAGAAACAAUGAAAAUCUAGUCUUCAACAUUCUCGACACAUCUGCACCCCCACAGAAGAGAAUCCGGCGUGUUUUGGCGAAGCUGUCUGCUCAGGAGCUGCAGGUUGAGCAAGCCAGACUGGUAGAAGAACGGAAGCAAAACGAAGCACAAAGAACCGAAGAACUCCAAUCCGAAGCCAAUGCCCAAGCAAGCAAGCUAUCCGAAGGACACCUUCAAGCUGUUUUGCUCGCUGUAGAUUCACAUUUUCCUACUCUUCACUCCUUUAUUCAGGCUCUCCUGUCAACCACAGACCAGCAACAGUCUGCUCGUGUAUCAAGAAUGCUUGGAGCACACAGAGGCGAAAUUCUCGCGCUUAUGCACCAACGUCGUCCCGAUGUGUUGCGUGUGGAGGGCAAAGUAUUAGCAGAAUUCUUGCGACCGUCUCGUGGAGAAGGUGUUUCCGAGAUUUUAGGCAGGUGGUCUUUGGAUAGAAUACAGGCGAGAGCCCAAGACAUAGCACCAACUCUGUGCAAGUUGUUGGCGAAGGGAGGGUUCGAUGAGGCCUCACCUCGACACGCCGUAAUCAUGGACUGUCGUAAUGAACAUUCUAAUGAAUUCCAAACUAUGAUGUGCAUCUACCUUCUUGCAUGCGGAGCAUCACACUCCAUGUUUGAAGUCUUACACCAUGCUGGAAUUACAUCUUCGUACACCAAGGCAGUCUACUGCCUGAAAAAGAUGGGAACAGAGCGCCUGAACAAGAUUGAGGCUCUUGUCAAAGUUCGCCCAUUUAUGAUAGUAUGGGAUAACUUGAGUAUUGCCUUUCGAGUCUCUGAACAACGGAAAGAUUCUAAAGACCAUUUUGACAAUGGCACUACUGCGACACUCAUCCCACUCAUUGAUAUUCCGAACGGACAUCUCUCACUUGAUUUCCUCCCACCUCGGCUCACACAGCUUCCAGUAAUUGACUUCAGACCACAAGACUUGCUUCCAUCCCUUGAACAGGUCCAGCUGCUCCAGCAGCUUGAGGCUGCAUCUCAUUGA